AUUUUACUUGUUUUGCAUUCUUAGUGAUGGUUUCUCAUCAGUGACCUCUCACUAGCCAGGCCGAGCCUCUCAUUCAAACCCCAGCCAUGGACGCUCAACAGGAUUCCCAAGGGGUUCCCCAUUCCCGGCCUACCAAUGCUUGUGAGGCUUGUAGAGCAGCCAAGGUGAAGUGCCAGGCCAGCAUCCAGCUAGGAAUCUGCCGGAGAUGCCUAGACUCAAAGCGCGAGUGCAUCUUCAAACCCGGUCCACGACCUCGACGACCCAGACAAUCCAAACUAAACAAAACCACUCCCCGACCCCCGCCCCCAACCGGGCCAUCGAAGACAUUCACAAUCGACGUCCCCAUGCCCCCCGAAGACGACGCAGAAAGCAGCCUCUCAGCCCUCCGCGACACCCACGCCAUGCGAAUCAGCGCCCUCCUACCGCCGGGGUACUCCUCGUCUGAUGACGACGACGAAGGCGACGAAGUGCACCCGCAGUUCCCCUUCUCCUCCUCAGGGGGAACACCGCACGACUCCGCAACAGCACCCCCACGCUCGACCGCCGGAUCGGCCACCACAUCGACGGCCUCGUCCCUGCCCCUAGGUGCGUCUGCGCUGCGGACGCCACCCGCCUCGGACCAUCCCGCCCCCGGCCGACCCGCGGCGGUGCCUGCGGUCGCCGCCGGCAUGGGCGUCCGGCCGCGGUUCAACCUCGACUCUGCGACGGCGCUGCUGGGGCGGUUCCGCGGCCGCAUGCUCCCGCACUUUCCGGCCUUGGCGGCGCUGGACGACGGCGGCGGCGGGGAGACGGUGGCGGAGAUAGCGGGGCGGAGGCCGUUCGUGCUGCUAGCGGUGCUGGCGGCGGCGAGCGGCGGCGGGGCGGUGCUGCAGGGGCAUAGCCUUUACGACGAGGAGUUUAGGAAGGUGCUCGGGCUGAAGUUCGUGGCUGCUGGGGAGAGGAGUUUGGAGCUUUUGCAGGGGGUGGUGGUUUAUUGUGCUUGGUACCCGUUCCAUCUCAGGCCAAAGAACAGGCAGGCUCGUCAAUAUGUUCGAAUGGCAGUUGAUAUAGUUCAUGACCUCGAGCUUGACCAAGAUUCAAGCAUCGAGGGGGUCACUAUAGAGAGUGUUAGUGAGAGGCGGUUGGAAGAAAUCAGGGCAUACUUGGCCACUUACUACCUCGUCGCUUACUUCUCCACAUCAUGGAGCAGGACGUCUUCGCUUCCGCAUACCGGAUACACGACACGGUGCUGUGAUCUCCUUGAGAGAAGCACCAACAAAGGAGAUCGCGUCUUAGCCUGGCUAGUAAGGCUCCAACACGUUGCCGAGGAGAUCGGCGACUUACGAAAAAACCGGGACAACGCCCAGAGCGAGUAUCAGCUCGAUUUGAUGCUGAGAGGCAUGGACGCCCAGCUGACUGAAUGGGAGGGCCGAAUGGCCCCCGACAUUAGCUCAAACACCUCCAUCCGCCUCUCCCUCCUCUUCGCCCGCGUCUUCCUCUCCGGCGCCCCGCUACUCAAGCUCCCCGCCCCCAAGCGCCCCCCCACGGACCCCGCCCUCGCCACCGCCUCCCGCGCCGACCCCGUCCGCCUCGCCGCCGCGAUCCCCCGCCUCCACGCCCUCCUCGAUUUCGCGCUCGCCCUCCCCGCCGCCGAGCUCAACGCCUUCACCGUCGUCGAGUGGGGCGCCUUCAUCCUAGCCGUCAUCCUCGGCUUCCGCAUGAGCUUCCCCUUGCCCGUCGCGUGCCCGGCGUGGGACGACGGCCGGGCCAGGCGAGAGAUCGGAUUUGGGGGGUAUCUGGAGGGGAUGGCGAGUAUGGGGGGUGGGGGACGGGGGGGCGAGAACGUCGCGGCGGCGAGUGCCAGCAGCAGCUGCAGCAGAAAGAAUGUAGAUGUCCUGAGUGCCAGUAAGGUGGUUCUCGAGGUCGUUAGACAGAAGUACGAGAAGCGGUUGGCGAGGAUCGAGAGGCAGCAGCUGGCGAGGCGGAGGCAGUCGGAGAUGCAGUCAAGCUCCGGAAUGGGUUUAGGUGCGGAUCUAGACUUGAGCAUGCCUUUAGAUCCUAUGGAGCUGGACAAGGCUAUGCAAGGGUGUCCGAUGAUGGACGGCAGUCUUGACUCGUAUUUCCCACACUGGGAUGAGAGCUUCACGACCGCGAACCCUAGCAUGUUGGCGGGAACAGGCAUGGAUAACUCACCACGGGGGGGCGAGUCAAAGACCCAGCCUGCGGGUUUCCCGGAUCUUUGGGCGACGAUGACCAUGGGGUGGGCACUGCCGGACUUGGACUUUAAUGGGUUAUAUGUACCCAACUAAUCGGAUGAUCGAAGGAUUUGGGUAUUUCGAUACGGCUAUGUUUUUCAUAUAAUCUAUCAUAGUAACAGGUUUUUUCUU